CGCUGCCGCCAUGUGCCAGGCGCAGGAGGAGUACGGGGGCUGCGACCAGCCCCGGAGGCGGCCCCGCGUCAGCUGUGCACAGAAGUGCAUGAAGUGCAAGGAGGCCUCUCCUGUGUUAGUCAUUCGUGUUGGAGAUGCCUUUUGCAAGGCCUGUUUUAGGGAGUAUUUUGUUCACAAGUUCCGUGCGAUGCUUGGGAAGAAUCGUGCCAUUUACCCAGGAGAAAAGGUUCUUCUUGCAUUCUCAGGUGGACCUGCUUCCAGCUCAAUGCUUCGACAAGUCCAAGAGGGGCUGAGUCGGGAGACAGCCAAGAAACUGCGCUUUAUGCCGGGCAUCAUCUACGUUGACGAGGGAGCCGUGUGCGGGCAAAGCCUGGCUGAGAGAGAGAAGACGCUGCUCCAGCUGGAGACCGUCCUGCAAGCCUCGGGGUUUCCAUAUCACCUGGCCCACCUAGAAGAGGUGUUUGACUUGCCCAGCUCCAUCCUGCAGCGUGUGCCCCACAAUCCCGCAGGCCCCAAGGACAGCUACAAGGAGGCGGUGGAGGGCUUUAUCCACCAGCAGAGGCAGGAGGAGGGCGGAGGUCCCUCUCUGCCUGAGAGGCAGAUCCAGGAGAAGCUUGCCGAGGUCAGCGUGCGAGAUGCGCCCGGAAUGGAGGGGCUGGCCGCCCCGGAAGCCAGGCUGUUGGCUGCAGUCCGGACCGAGCAGCUGAUCCGGCUCUUUGGGUCCGUGAAGACGUUGACGGCUAAAGAAGAGCUGCUGCAGACCCUGCGGAACCACCUGAUCCUGCACACGGCCAGGGCCCACGGGUACUCCAAGGUCAUGAUGGGAGACAGCUGCACCCGCCUGGCUGUCAAACUGCUGACCAACCUCUCCCUGGGGCGGGGGGCCUCCCUCGCCAUGGACACGGGCUUCUCGGACGAUCGCCAUGGCGACGUGGUGGUGGUGCGGCCCAUGAGGGAGUACUCUGCCAAGGAAAUCGCCUUCUACAACCACCUGUUUGGCGUUCCCACGGUCUUCACUCCUACCUUGGACACCAAGGCCCUGGAGAAGGCCAGCAUACACCGGGUGAUCGAGCGCUUCCUCUACGGGCUGCAGGCAGAGUUCCCCUCGACCGUCAGCACCGUGUACCGGACGGGCGAGAAGCUGAGCGUGACCCCUGGAGACGCCGGCCCUGCCGCUGAGCCCGAACGCUGCCUCCUGUGCUUGUGCGCCCUGGACACCAACGUGGAGGACGGCUCUGCUUUGCAAGCCAUCCUGGUCUCGGAGCGGCUCUCCCAGCAGAAGCUGCCAGCUGUGGCGCCCACCGGGAGAGGGUGCUGCCUGGGGGCAGAGGAGCAGAGAGGAUGCUGCAUGAACACGACAGCUCCAGGGGCCAACGCCCGGGCCGACUUCCUGCCCCUGCUCUGCUACGGCUGCAGACUGACCAUCAAGGACACGACCUGCCUGGAGAGCCUCCCGCUCUACGUCCGCUCGGAGGCAGAGCGCAGGAAACGCAGGGCCGCGAUGAAGCUGGAAAUCCAGGAGUUCUUGCUGGAAGAUGAAGCUGUGACUCCGGGUGAUAGCUGACAGGUGGACCACGCUCCCAACGAGCUCGACGCUUCCCUGGCUGUCAGGGGCCCCCGGAGCAGCGCGCCUGCCAGAGAGCAAAUGGGGCCUGGGCCCAGCCCCAUCCAGGCUGGGCUUGAGAUCACAGGGGCCCUGCUGCAAGGCAGCGGGCCUGCCUUUGUUUCCAAGGUGCUGGGCCCAGCUCUUCUUCACUGCCUGCCCCUGGGAGGCGCCUGCUACCUGCAGGGGCGGGGAGGAGAGGAGACAUCUCCCAACCCCCCUUCUUUUAAUGACUGUUUCUAAGAGGAAUACGAUAUUUUGCAUCCCCUGACGCACAGCUGGAUUGGGGCCCUGGGCUGACUCCCCGAUCUUGAGCGGGUGAGCCAGGCUGAGUCGGGCCCUCGGACUGCACCAGCCCCCAGUGGAGCGCCCAGCCGGGAGGAGGCACCUUCACGCCCUGCCUGGGCAAGAAGAUGGCGUCAGUCAGUCACACUAACAGGCCGUGGCUUGGCUUUUAUUAGAGAUCUGUAUAAAUAAACCAUUUGAAUUUAAAAAAAUCUACAGUCCAGCUGGAGCGAGCCCACCCCUCCCCCCCUGGAGUGCCUGGAGGGGGGGCGAACCAGUCCUGGGGCGAGCAGAGCUCCCUGCACUGGGCCCUGUCUGCUAGCACAGGGAGCAGUGGCUGCAGUAGCAUGUCCCACGCCCUCUGCAGGCAGGGCAAGAGGAGCGGCAAGCCCAGCACCGCCAGGGGGGGUGUCAGGCUAGUGGGACCCUCUGCUUGCACCCAUGGGUGCUGGCCAGCGCUGUGCUGGGGGGCGGGGAAGGUAUUGCUUUGGAGUGUUAGUGCAGCCAGAUUCAGGAGCAGGCCAAGGGGGCAACUGGGCCAGGCUUCGCCUGCAGCGGAGUUGGGAGCGACUGCGGCCGGCUGGCUUGGAUUCUCCCGCUGCAGGAGGGGGAGCCCAUCUCCCUCACAGGCAGGCACAGCUGCUGAAGGGGCUCCAGCGUGCACCCCCCCUUCGCUCAGGGGUGCUAACAGCCAGGCAGCAGCAGGGCUAGAAGGCACUGAGGUGGGGCUGGGGCAGGAGCGUGUCCCCACCCCGCUGAUGCGGAGGGAGCGUGACUCCUCGGGAGGGGGGGGUCUUCACCCAGCUGCCUUUAAAGGACUCACUAGUUGUAAAGCAGUUAAACUUCCUUUUAAAAAGCACAAGUCCAGCCUGCCCAAGAUGCCCCCUCCCCACACGGGUGGCGCUGGGCACAGCUCAGACCCCCUGCCGGCCAGGGGAAGGGGCUGGCGGGUCGCCUGGAGCACUCAGGGUGCACUCGGCCCGGCCCCCCAAGACGGGGCUCUCCGGCUGGG